GCAGGACACCAUGGCGGACUCGAACGAUAAUUUGGCCUCGGGGUACGACUAUUCUCAGCGGUACUAUAGCCAGUAUGGAGGGAACUACGACCCAGCAGCAUACUACGCUUCCUCGAGCUCUGCUAGCAACUUUCCCUUCCCAGGAUCGAGCUCCAGCGCGCCUCGGCCCGUCGUUGCCAAUGCCGCGGAGUACGAUCUGGGUAUCGCGGCCCAACAGAGUGCGUAUGUUCCGGGGGCGCAACUGGGAAGGGGCGGGGCUGGUGGGAAGGUUGCUCCAGGGCAGAAGCGAACGACGGUGCUGCGCAAAGGGGCUGGCAAAGUGUGGGAAGACAAGACGUUACUUGAAUGGGACCCGAAAUGGUUCCGGCUUUUCGUCGGCGAUCUGAGUAACGACGUGAGUGACGACGUGCUCACGAACGCGUUCAACAAGUACCCCACGUUCACCAAAGCGCGGGUGAUCCGGGAUCGGCUGACGCAGAAAGCGCGGUACGGGUUCGUCGCGUUCUCUGAUCCGGAGGAUUUCCUCAAGGCUUGGAAGGAGAUGGACGGCAAGUAUGUGGGGAAUCGGCCAAUCAAAUUGAAGAAAGCUGAGACGGGGGUGCGGCCGGUGGAGAUCGGAGCUCGGAAGGCCAAGUCAUUGGAGGUCGAGCGGCGAAAGAAGCAUAAGCCUUACUGAGCUGUACGCAUGUUGUUACCCGCUACUGUAUGGAUUAUGGUCAC